AUGGAGCCUUUUUCCUACGCCCCAAUUCAAUCCAUCGGACACUCUCUACUUCGCCAAGUUACUCUUUAUCUCAAUCACCAGCUAGUCUAUGACAGCGACACCAACUAUGCCUACCUCGCCUACAUUGGAAACACACUAAAUUAUGACAAAUCAUGCAAAGAGACUACCCUGCAGCUAGCAGGCUACGCUCCUGAUGAGAAAAUGGACACGGAUGCUAGUACUGACUACCAGCAGCGCUGUAAAAUGGUCGUGAAGGGAAAGUCGUGCCAAGUGGCCGCCAAUCUCCUCAUUCCCAUUUUUCAAACGGAACGUUUAAUGCUAAAUUAUUCAAACAUUAGACUCGUGGCUCAUCCCAACUCGUCCUCGUUCCUUGUCGAAUGUCAGGGUCAGGAGAAUGCACUAGUUGCGCCACGUGUACGUCUGAAUAUCGAAGAUGUUCACCUAAUGGUAAACGCCUAUGAUUUGCACGACGGCAUGUCCAAUGCGCUAGAGAAACAUUUGCAAGAGACGCAAAUGAUUCAGUAUCCUUACACUAAUGUCCAGCUUCGUCACUACAAUAUCGAGGGUAAUAGGACAGAGAGUGCCGCCAUCCCUUGUUUCACAUCGAGAAUCCCAAAACGAGUUAUUGUGGGGCUGGUGGAAAGUGAUGCGUUCCGUGGAAGCACUCUUAAAUCACCCUUCAAUUUCCAAAACUUUAACAUUCAAAACGUUUAUCUGGAUGUCGGCGGAGUGACUGUACCUAAUCGACCAAUGAAUUUGGAUUACCCGGAAGACCAGUUUGCCACAGCCUACUUGUCAAUGGUGGAAGGACUCGGUCUGGCGCGCAAUGACCGAAACAAUGGAAUCACGAUGGAAAUGUUCAAAAAUGGCUACAAUUUCUACGUUUUCGAACUUUCGCCUACUGCCAACACGCCAAUGUUCGACCUGGUGAAAAACUCUAACGUGGUUCUACGUAUACAGUUUCGCGAGAAGACACCUUCCGACGGCCUGGUAGCGCUCGUGUACGCUGAAGUAGACAGUAUGCUGCUGAUGAAUGGAGACCGCUGUCCGGUCAUGGAAAAAUUCACCUAA